AGCUGCUCCUGCAGGGAUCUCUGUGAUUACUGACCGUGUACCUUGCACGGCGUGACUUUAACCCAUGCACCACCAGAAAGAGGUACUGGGUGGGUUGUGGGUUGUCGUGUGUGCAGGGGAUGACGCAGCCGGGUGGGGGCGCUUUGCUCUCCUCUCUUCUUUUCACCACAACGCAGCACUCAGUCGCUUUCCAGGGUGCUGAAAGUCGGAGGGUCUCCCUGCUCAGUCUGGCUCUGAUCACAAUGUAGGCUUCAUUUUACGCUCUUCCACACGCACCCUCUGUGGGGGUUGUUCUCUUCUGGCUGCUGGAUGGACGCACAAGAGUGUUUUUUUUUUCUUCCCCCAGAUACUCGUCUGCAUGACUGGAAAUGAAUGAAUGCAUGUUCAGGGACUCUAAUGACUGUUUGGAGGUGAUGUGAUCUCUAAGAGGUGAGUCAGCUAAGGGGGAAUUUGACGCAGAGGUACUUUAACGUGGACGUCAUGUAAACAUGGAGCCACAGCAGCUAAAGCGUGGUGUUGACGUACUGUAAGACGGAAAGGAUUAUAGUUCUUUUUUUCUUGGAGGCUGCAGAAGUUUUCCAAAAGGCAGAUCGACCACUGCAUAUAACUGGAUUCCUAAAGUAAGAGCAACGCUGCCAAUUCCUCCAUGAGACGAUGACGAAGGGGAUAUUGGCUCAUAGGACGGAUACGGACUUUACACCGGUGGUCUAGGGAUGACAUCCCCAUAAACCCGUUGAAUGUGGAUGUUUGCCCCGUGUUGGUGAAGGAUGGGCCCUGUCCUCUCGGCCGCCUUCAUCUUUCUGUUGGCCCUCGGCCCCACCGCCUCGAUCGCGAACCCCGAGGAUUACACUGCAGAUGAGGCGGAGCGGACGGCCAGUGAAAGCCUAGUGUUUGAUGACUACCGGGGGAAGGGAUGCGUGGAUGACAGUGGAUUCGUCUACAAGCUUGGGGAGCGCUUCUACCCGGGUCACUCCAACUGUCCGUGCGUGUGUACGGAGGACGGGCCGGUGUGUGACCAGCCCGAGUGUCCCAAACUACACCCCAAGUGCACCAAAGUGGAGCACAAUGGCUGCUGCCCCGAGUGCAAGGAAGUCAAAAACUUUUGCGAGUACCGAGGGAAAACAUACAAAAUCCUGGAGGAGUUUAAGCCGUCACCUUGCGAAUGGUGCCGCUGCGAACCAAAUAACGAGGUGCACUGUGUGGUGUCCGACUGCGCCGUCCCAGAGUGCGUCAACCCAGUGUAUGAGCCGGAGCAAUGCUGCCCCAUCUGUAAAAAUGGUCCAAACUGCUUCGCUGGAUCGACGAUCAUCCCAGCCGGGAUUGAGGUAAAAGUGGACGACUGCACCAUCUGCCGCUGCCAUAACGGAGAUUGGUGGAAGCCGGCUCAGUGCUUGCGGCGCGAGUGCCUGAAUGGCCAGUCGUCAUAGAGACACUCUAGUGGGGAUGGUGGAUCAGCUCAGGCGAGGCCCUGCCUACCUACUACUGUUUUAUAUGACUGACAGGGCAGGAGCACAAUUCCAGAACAAUAUGAUGACAAUGUCACAAACCUUCAGAUGGGUUUGCCAUGGAGAUGAUGAUGAAACUGAUCUCCAGUUUAUUUCCAUCAUUUUCCCCGCAUAUUUUCAGAAAUUGCUGCUGUCACACACAAAAAAAAAAGUGAACUCUUUCCUCACCACGGGCAAUGAAUGAAUCAUAUUGAUCAGUUCCUUUCGGUUUCAACCAAGGGACGGACGGAGAAAAGACAUGCAAGCACACUUGCAUGUGUUGCUUUUUCUUACCUGACGCUCAGUUAAAGUGGUCACCAAUUCACUGUCAGAGCUUGUUUACAAGAUGCACAUCACAUGGAUAUGUUUGUCUUUUGAAAAUAUGGCGUUGAUUCACCAACACUUGUUACUGUCAGUUAAGCGGAUCGCAAGGAAACCACGGAAAAGCUAUUUGAUUAAUUCCACCUGCAACAUUACAACCUGCUUGUGUUCAACUAGUUCAAUAAACGUGUUCGUGGUAGUUCUGGGCAACACUGCCAAAAUCCAUUAAAAGAUCUUAAAAGUCAGUUUUUUUCCCCCGCUUCCCCCUGUAAGAGUCAAUCACAUGAAUGGUUUUGGCUAAGAUUUGACACCGGAUGCCCUUCUUGACACAACCCUGACCAGGAAUCAAUCAGAUGCUACUAGGGAUUUAAAAUGCCUUAACAGCAGUGGUUCUCCAUUUUUUUUGUCAUGCCCCCUCCCGGGGUCGGAAUUGAAAUACUAUUGAGAACGUGAUAUUUAGUAUCUGUACAGACCACCGUAUGAGUUGCUGGCACCAGAAAUCUGCAUAUAAUCACCUGAUUAUCCAUCCAUUUUCUUCCGCUUUCCCGGGUCUCGGUCAUAGGCGCAGCAGUCUCGGUAGGGAAGCCCAGAAUUUCCGAUCUCCGGCCACCACUUCCAGCUGAACCAGGCCAGGUUUGAGACAUAAUCCCUCCAGCAUGUCCUAGGUCUGCCCCGGGGCCUUCUCCUGGCUGGACAUGCCUGGAACACCUCACCAGGGAGGCGUCCAAGGAGGCAUCCGGACUAGAUGAUCAAGCCACCUCAACUGGCUCCUCUCGAUGUGAAGGAGUAGCGGCUCUACUCUGAGGUCCUCCUGGAUGAUUUAGCUCCUCACCCUCUCUCUUUAGGGUCUGCGAUCUUGUUCUUUCGGCCACGACCCAAAGCUCAUGGCCAUAGGUGAGCGUAAACCGAGUGCUUUGCCUUCCCGCUUAGUUCUCUCUUCACCAUGACAGUCUGGUACAGCGACCGCAUUACCGCAAACGCUGCGCCAAUCCGGCUGUCCAUCACUCCAGCCUUCCCUCACUCGUGAACAAGACCGCAAGAGAAUUGAACUCAUCCACAUUGGGCAAAACCUCACACCCAACCCGAAGGGUGCAAUCCACCCUUUUCCGGCCGAGAAUCAUGGCCUCAGAUUUGAAGGUGCUGCUUAUUAAAAAAAAUGAGCUGAGAUAAUAUCUGCUUUUCCCCAACAAUUUCCAAGUUAAGUUCACUCACCGCCCCUGACAUUUCACCACACUUCCCCCAGCACUUGAAAAGCACUGCCUGACAGUAUAGGCCAUUAUUUCUGUCUGACUGUCAUGGAUGUUUUGUUUUUUUUCUUCAAGGUUCAUAUCCUCCAAAUAUCACCACAAACUAUGUGUUUGCACUUGCAAACAAAGUAAAACGCGUGCCAGGAGCAGCCUGCUUCCAUUUCCCUUAAUCAAGCAGUAUUCAGUGAUAAAUCCUCCAGCUGGGUGCUUGGCACUGCUGCAGCUUGCAUGCUGGGAACUCUGAACAAGAAGUAGCAGACAAAAGAGGGACGCUGCAAAUGCUUUUAAGCAGAAUUAACAUGCAUAUUGUCAUCUUGAGCAAGCACUCGCGCUCCAUUCCUCCUCAGUGUUUCAGGCGCAGAGUAGUCAGCCUGCGCCGCUAAUGCCUUUACUUCCAAAUUGCGAAAAACUCUUACCCCAUUACGUUUUAAUAGCUCUAAUGUGGAGUGUUGUAGAUGGGCGCUGACAAUAUUGUCUUAAUACAGUACUGUGCAAAAGCUAUUAGCAUCUUUGUUUUAGCAAGGCUGUAAUGACCACAUGUAACUAAAAUGUUACCCAGUAUAGAACAGACCUCCACCAAGGCUUGCUUAUUGACAAAAAAAUGGGGAAAGAAAAUGUACCGCCUCAUAUUUGCGUCCAUUUUAUAGUUACCAGGCUAGUUCCUGGUUCAUGGACAAUGACAGAUGAGCAGUUUGCAGCAGCUUUAUCCAAAUCCUCACCACAAUUGAAUAUGUUCUUCCUGGUAUAGCGGUACCUCGGUUCUUGAUAGGAUUGGGUUUUAGGCGGAAAUUAUUCCCAAUUGUUCGCACACUGUCUCGUGCGCCUAACAAACUAAUCUAUUUACCCACAUAUAAUUGUAAAUCAAGUGCACCCAUGCCUUGGUGACCCAGUCUCUGAGAAUAGAUGGUUCUUUUCGAAUUGGGACAUUAUAGACAGAUUACCGGGGAUCCUGUGUGGGUGGUUUAUUUGUUCUUUGAACACACACAACAGCUGUGUGUGUAUGGAGGGAUGUAUGUCCUUUCUUCCUCCUAUGAAGCACUGUGUUAAUAUUUUUGGGUGUCUGGAACAGAUGAGGGCCGCACGGUGGUCUAGUGGUUAGCACGUUGGCCAACACAGUAACAGCUUGGAGAUCGGGAAGACCUGGGUUUGAUUCUCCCCUGGGCAUUUCUGUGUGGAGUUUGCAUGUUCUCCCCGUUUGCGCGUGGGUUCUCUCUGGGUACUCCGGGUUUCUCCCACAUUCCAAAAACAUGCAGGUGAGGUUAAUUGGCGACUCCAAAUUGUCCAUAGGUAUGAAUGUGAGUGUGAAUGGUUGUUUGUCUAUAUGUGCCCUGCGAUUGGCUGGCGACCAGUCCAGGGUGUACCCCGCCUGUCGCCCGAAGUCAGCUGGGAUAGGCUCCAGCAUGCCCCCGUGACCCUAAUGAGGAAGACGCGGUAUAGAAAAUGGAUGGAUGGAUGGAACAGAUGAAUUGGAUUUGCAUUAUUUGUAAUGGCAAAAAUGUAUCCGGUUUUCAUAUGUUUCGGUUUCUGUCCGGACUUUUGGAAUGAAUGAAUGAUAAAAACAGAGGUUCCACUGUAUUUGGUUUUAUAUUUUUGGCAAAAUCCAGGAAUUUACUGUUUUACUUAACUAAACUGCAAAGUUAGUGGUGGACUAAGACUAAAAAUGAUAAAUACCCACCAUUAAUCCAGUAGCGUCGUAUCAUCUAUCAGGCCAGUUUUUUUCCUAUUUCCCUAUAAUCCCUUCCUGUUAACCUUUUAGGGCCUGUUCAUGGCUGCUGAUGGAUCGUCUGCCUAAUAGCAGCAUCUGCCACCCUGUAAUGAGCUAGAAGUGAGCAUUAGAUAGAGUCCCAUGACUUAGGAGGGGUUCGCAGUCGCCUGCACACACACUGCUCAAGCUGCAUCAGUUGAUGGUGGGGGGAAAAAAAUGGUGAGGUUCAAUCUUGGGCAAAAAAACUGAGCUACGUUCAUAUCCAUUAUUAAACAGUGGUGAUUUACUGUCUUUCCAUGUAAAAAGACAGAGCCCAUCAAUCUGGCUAGAGGUCUGCAGACAUCUUUGGUUUAUCAAUCACAACCAUAGUGCUCCAGACAUUUCAGGACCAAUAAACCGUUAUUUAUCUUCAUUACCCAUAAGCAACCUUAUUAGAAUUCAGUCCACAUACAUGUGCUAAUACAAUUUGGAAUUUGUCUACCAGGUUGCAAGAGAAAGACUGGACUGUGCGUGCAAGAUGAAAAGAAAAGGCUCAGAGGCAUCGCUCUCACCACUGAUGGCUUUGAGCUGUAAAAAGGAAAAUUCACAAAAAGGAUUCUCUGCGGUUUCAUGCAACAACACAGAAGGCUUCAACGUUAAUAACCAUCCAUGUUCUACCGCUUAUCCUGUUCAGGGUUACGGCAUAACUUAGACUGAUGGACCUGAUGUAAAAAAAAUAUACUGCUUCUUUCAUCAAAAUGCGCCACCUAAUGUAGUGUGCUGAGUUACGUACAUAGACAACAAAACGGAAUCCCUGUGACUGAGAUUCUAGUGUCUGUAUGACCAAAUACGCACAACAAAUUCUCAAGAUCAACGACCAGUGUUGGAUGGCAUGUGUAACCGGACUUGUCCGCUACUGUGGUCAAACCACAGUCUGCCGAAAGAGAUUCAAGAGCACUAGGCAUUAAGCUAAAAGGCAAACUGUCAACUCGACAUCUAGCACGACUCUCAAGGCAUCAGGGAGUGAGGUUUAGUCACAUAGACAUCCCUACUGUCGUCCAUUACGCUCACUCACUUAAACCUCACUCCCAACCAGGUCACAGCACCAGCGUAACCCAACUGGGCCGCCCCACAGUCCGCAGACUGAGAGUUGAGUAGCGCUAGCCAAUGAGCUAAAAGCCAGAGCUGUCAACUCGAUGGGGAGUUAGGUUUACUCGCGCAGCCAUCCCUGCUAGCAUCCGUUACACUCACCCCCCCAAAACCUCACUCCCAUCCAGGUCACGGCACCAAUGUAACAUGACCCCGUAGUCCACAUAUUGUGAGUUGAACAGCGCUAGCCGAUGAGCUAAAAGCCUCAGCUGUCAACUCGAUGUCCAGCACAUCUUAAAAGGACAACUGCACUUUUGGAAUUUUACCCAUCAUCCACAAGCCUUAUGUGAGACAUGAACACACGUCUUUCUCUUCUCUGUGUGUUCCAGAGAUAUAAAAACAGAAAAAGAGACAGCACAUUACUGUAUGUAAUGGCAGCCGCCUACAAAGACGGCUAUUAAAACACCUCCAACAAGGUUUUAUAUACAGUACAUGCAGUAACAGGUACAUUCAUGAUAACAUGUAAGACUUAAGUAUUUUGCCGUAUUUUGGGCCUUUUAAGCAUUACCGGAACCUCCUUCUGUGAGCAUUGAUUUCACAUAGCAACACAGAAAAAAACACCUACACCUAGUGUUAACUUUUCCAAACUCAAAAACACUGCAGCCCCUACAGUAUAUGUAGCGUUACCUUUUGGUGGUGGCCCGAGUCACUGUCAGCGUGGCGCUGACGUGCUUCGGGCGAGUGUGUGCUGAACUAGUCGCUAGCCGGCGAGCAAUGUUGCUGUAGCUUGAUUAAAAUGCACGUCACAUGAUAUGUAAAUGGAGUGGUGGCGCUUUUUGGAGGGUUUUUUUUUUUUUUUUUUUUAGAAGGUUUUACAGGCAGAGUAAGUGUUUCCAAUUGCAUCCUUGGCUGUGUCUUUUUAGCAGUUUUUAUAUCUUUACAACACACAGAAAAGAGAAAGACGUGUGUCCAGGUCUCACGUAAGGAUUGUGGAUGAAGGGCAAAAAUCCCAAAAAACUGCACUUUUCCUUUAAGGGACCGGAGAGUCACUUAGUCAUCCAUUAUAUGUGCAAAAGACUGAGCUCAUGAGAAGAGGGUAGAAAGUGCAAAUAACGUCAUGUGGAGGCAGGAUUCAUAUUCAAUUCAUCAAUUCAUGCUCAAAACAUGUUUUAUUUUUUUAAUCAUUCACGAAGACUAAUUGGUAUGUUUUGCAGGAGUCAGGACAGCCCAGAAUCACAAGUUUUUUUUUUUUUCCUAUGUGAAUGUCAUUUGAUAACUUCUCAAUUACAACCACAAGCUUGUUUGUGAAAUAGGAUGCUUAGGAAAUAAUCCGUUUCAUGAUGUUUCCAUCGACAAAACUGUAUAAAGUGUGCCUGAAAAUGAGAAGAGUACUAUAUAGGAUAGGAAGACAAACACUGUUAAUAUACAAUCAGUUUUAUCCACUCUGGGGGGCACUAAGGGUUAUUUUGGUCUUUGUAUUUUGAAGUCCAUUGUGGGACAUGGGGGAAAUGUAUAAUAGACUACCGUAAGAGCAUGCAUGAUUGUAUGUGAACACAUGCUCGCACGGGUUCACCCAAAGUUUAUACAAGAAAUAUGCGGUACAAGUUAAAAACAACCCUUGGUGCUCCACACGUUGUUUCGAUGUAAAUAACUUUUCAAUGUACCGUAUGUGUAUUCUGCAAUGGACGUGGAACAAAGAUGUAUUAUUCAUCAUGACACAAAACUAUUUUGUUAAAUAGACAUGAAAUGAAGUGUUAUUCAACAAGACUUUCUGUCCCUUGUGAUUACUCUGGAAGGUAAUAUUUCAUAUCAAAACACGUUGAAAACCAUAAAUGGCAAUUUUCCCUUUGAGAAUGUGUGAGAAUGCUCAUGCCAGGAUAAAAUGCCUGCAGAAGAAUAGAUGUUUGGGUUGAAAAGUAAGUUCUGAAUAAAACUGAGUUAGAUGAUUAAAAGGCAGUGAUUCCCAACCACUAUGCCUUGAGAGAUUGGCUGUGCUGCGGAAAAUUGUCCAAAUUUACUUAAUUGGUUCACAAAAUGAUUACUUGCUACAAAUGUAUCUUUGUUCUGAUACCAAUACCAUCCACGUAUAGUGACAGAACACUCGGAAGGUUCGUACACAAUAAAAACAUAAAAUGCUUCUGUUUUUGCUCCCAUUUUUCAUGAGCUGACCUCAAAUCUAAAGCUUUCUCUCAAAUAUUCACAAAUCUAUCAAAAUAUGCCAAGAUAUAACAUGCUAAUUUGACAGCAUGAUUAUUGAAGAGGUGUGUCUUUGGCUGGCCACUAUAAAAGGCCACUCCAAAAGGUGUACUUUUAUUACACAGCACUAUGUCAAAGAUGUUGCAAGUGUAGAGGGAGGCAGGCUGACUGCAGGAAUGUCCACCAGAUUUGCUGAAUGUUCGUUUCUCUACUACAGUGGUCACCAAUCUUUUUAAGCCAGAGAUCCUUGGUCUGGGCUUGAUGGCUUGGGGGGAGCUAGCCAGUGCAUUACAACUGCCUUAAGGAUCGGUCGUCAGCACCUCCGGGUUUCAGGGACUAGGCUCUGAGGCUGACCGGGUACGGGUGUGUUCCGAGAUCAAAAUGCAUGCCUGUUGGUCACUGUCCGAGCGGGGAGGGCACUGGUGUGAUAAUGCAUUAAUUUUGUCUAAUAUUUUUCGGGAUCAACAGGAAAAGACUUUGGCGAUCCCUGCUCUACCAUAAACCAUCCCCAAAGGCAUUCCAAGGAAUUUGGCAGCAUAGUAAUCCCUCGUUAUCACGGUUUAUCGGUCCUUGAUCAGACUGUGAUAAGUGAAUUUCCGCAAAGUACAACUAAAUAUUAGUAAAUUGAAUAUUUUUGUAGUUAAGCACAGAGAAAACCUGUUUGACUAAAUACAUUCAUAACAGAGUCCUGUAGACAUGAACUAACACCCUAGAGUGACUUGUACACUCCAUUAUUCUGUUUAAACCACAUUGCACUGGCUACGGGCUCACUGCAGGUACAAAAUAUGGCUGCUGCUAGCAUAGCAAACUAACGAGCUAACUACUUAGCCACUCCAAUGUAAUUAUUCCAAACUUAAGAAACUUUCACAGAAGGGAAGAAAGACAAUGAAGACAAAAACUGACCACUUCCACACAGAAUAAGAGAACCUUUUUUCCCCACUUGAUUUCAGCUAUGGUAUGUCGGUCUCAGCUAUGAAAUGUUGGCUCGGCUGUGCUGGCUCAGUAGCCAGUCUCCAUGCAGUGUGAAAGGUCAUGUAAUCCAACAUCAUGUCUCAGAACAUUACUGAUGCCUGGUGACCAGAAUACUACAUGACUUGUCUUAUAUUUUACUAAUAGGCCAUAGUCAACCACAAAACUGCAAUAUAGCAAGGGACGAGUGUACAUCCAACUGGCCUCACACCGCAGGCCAUGUGUAACCACGCCAGCCUCGGACCUCUGCAUCCACCGUCUUCAUCUGCAAUAGUCCGAGACCAGCCACCCACACAGCUGCUGCAGAGAUCGAAGCUCAGUAAAACUGCAUUUUGGAGUGGCCUUGCAUUGUGGCCAGCCUAAGGCACACCUGUGCAAUAAUCCGGCUGUCUUAUCAGCAUCUUGACAUGCCACACCUGUAAGAUGGAUGGAUUUAGACAGUUGUGUGAAGAAAGACAAGUACGCCUUUUGUGUACAUAGAAAUACAACACUGAGUUCAGCUCAUGAAAGACGGGAGCAAAGAGAGUUCAUGUGUUCGGUGUAACUGACAUUUUUCCAAUGUAAAAUAUGUGCCUUGGCUGAAUAAAGGUUGGGAAACGCUGACUUCAGGCCAAUGUGCUCUUUAAGUGUUUGCUAUGAUCUUUGCAGCGAUGCAAUGGCAUUAAUGCGGCUUCAUUGCAUCAAUAGUGUUAAUGUGAACGCUCAUUUCUGAGCAAAUACAUAAAUCAGAAAAACAGCGGCAGCAUUCAUGUCACAUUUCAGUGUUCCACAUUAAUUAAAAGUAUAUUUUGACAGGCUGCAAGAGGAAAGUACAAUAUGUAAGAUAACCGUGCUCUGAGAGUUCAAGGGCAUCACUUGAGGUUUCAUUACAAACACUUCCUUGCUUCUUAUCAUUGCACGCUCUCCUGCAGCACAGCCUGGACAAGGAAAGCAAUUUUUGCAGCACAAAGCAAUCAAUAGUAGUUAAGAGCAUCCUAAUAACACAAGGCAUCUUAAAACAUUCAUGCCCGCAGCCAUGUGCUGUUGAAUAGAACAUACACAACAUAAUUAUAUUCUCUCUCUCUCUCUCUCUCACACACACACCCUGUUGACAUAAACAAUUCUUUAUUUUCCUCACAUUCAGCAAGAGUUAUACAUAUAUUUUCAAGGUAUAUAUAUAUAUAUUCAAGGUGAAACAAAUCUUAUCAAUUCCGUCUCAUUACUGGCUGCACAGUCAGGAGAUCGAGGGUUCAGAUAUCCAUUUGGGCAUCUAUUUCUGUGUGGACCAGAAUCUGCUUCAUUUUCUGGAAUAUUUCCCUGCUGUUCAAAUGCAGAUGUUGACAGGUAUGCCUAUCCGGCUAAUUUCAGGGGUUUUUACUAUUACAUCGGAGCCCAGUGGGGCACUACAGUUUCUUUUAAUAAAAAUACGCAUGUCGUACAGAGUAAAUCUGCAUUCUUCGCCUCUUGGCCGAAACGCUGAUUCGGCAGCUUCAUUCCCCAACCAAACCUAAUCUGUUGCCAUUCGUCAGGAGUCGAGGGUCGGCAGACCCAGCAAGUUGCCAUACAUGGACUUCCUGAAGUUGUGAGAAAUUCAAAAUAUCUAGUGAAAAUCUCGGGAAAUUCUCAUACCAGAUUGUUCACAAGAUUAAAGAGUGGCUUAAAAACACGCUAGCCUCAUAAUAUAGCACGUCCAUACGAAGUACAACAAGAGUACAACAUUUUAGAUGUACAGGUAUACUGUACAUACAUCUCAAUAGUAGACCUUGCAUCCACUGGACAAGUGUGCACAUCUGUACAAAAGCACAACCCACAUUCUUUAAUAUGUGUUUCAUGAUAAACAUUUAUCAUAUCAGGAUACCAACAUAAUUAGUACAAAUUUAAAAAGUAUUUGAUGAUAAAACUGCAAUUGGCUGGCGACCAGGUCAGCGUGUACCCCGCCUCUCACCCGAAGUCAGCUGAGCUAGGCUUCAGCAUACCCACAACCUUUGUGAGGAUAAAGCGGCAUAGAAAAUGAAUGGAUGGAUGGAUUGAUAACAAAAAAAAACUAUCCUGAUUGAAGGUCUGGCACAGGUAGAAGCUGGAAGGCUGCGAUACAGUCGAUGAUCCAUGUGGAGGGAGCGGACCACACUUUGCCCCUUCGCACCACAGAAGGCUUGUAAUGACUCUGGGGGUCAAAGAUAAUGUACUGGGUACAGAAGGCCUGGUCCGAGCCUGGCAGAGCGUGGUAGGCAGCCGCACUGAGGGUUUGAGUCACGUCGCUGUCGGGUUUGGGCUGCCGGCUCAAAAGCUGACCGCCUCCCUCGCGGAGCAGCUUGGCCAGCUCAUCCUUCCUGGGUGACUUAAAGGCACCCAAGAGGAAGAAGUAACACCCAUCGAAGAGUGGCGGGAGCUUUAAGAUGACGAGAUAGAAGAAAUCCCUUCAUUUGUGGGAACACUAUCGUGGGAAUUUUGACAUGUUCUCGUUUAGCCAUUAUUUCACUAUAUUACGUACUUAUUUUUGUAACAUGCAUAUGCAUUAGGUGUGGCGUGGAAAGGGUUACGGUUUUGUUUCUAAGCAAUUAAGACUCAUGCAGGACGUCAAUGCUUAUCUUUCCUAAACACAAUGUGUGCGUGUAUGUGUGUGUGUGUAUAUGUGGGCCUGCUUUACCAAGCUGCAUCUGUUGAUGCGACUGCGCUGCGGGCCUUCUCCUGCUUCGUGCUCAUUUUCUGGCAUCCGCUUGCCCGCCUGCAGACAUGCCUCCACCCCUGGCAUCAAGGAGAAAUCAAAGCUACAACUAAUUACAGUGACUUGAAAGUGUGUGACAGGGCUACAGAAAAUGCGGGGACGACAACGCUAAUGUUGUUUAUGAGACGGAAAACGGCAAGUAUUGGCAAACGGCAUUUAGUUGACAGAUAUGUGCCCGCAGCUUGAUCAAGUUAAUGAUGCGGCCCUUGUUUCAAGUGUCUCACGCUUCCGCAGAUUUUGAGCAUUGUCUUUUUCUGUCUCUUGAGAGUCAAAUUAGUACUGUGUGACAGCCACCGUCGUGUUUUUCAGGCCACAAAUCCUUUAUCAUAAAACAAAAGAGGAGACAUCUGGAAACACCAAGUUAAGAGGGAAAAAAAAACCAAUAUAUUCUAAUGAACGGUCACUGUCACAAAAGUCUUUGUGGAUAGAGCACUGCCAGGGGAAAAUCUGCUGCGAGCUCCAAAAUAGAUGAGACUUUUGAGACUAGUGAGGAGGUACAAUUUAAUAAACCUUGCAUGCAAGGAGACAAAUCAACACAACCUGAAAAUGUGACCUCUAUACAGAUGUCUGACUAUUCAUGCUGAAAUGUUAAUAUUGGAAACAACAUAUGCUAGGGGAGGGGUGAUCUCCCUCUCCUGUGAGGGACAGACACAUUGAAGGUCAGACUCGCAUGCCCAGGCACACAAGCCUAUUUGAAUCAGGUGAUAAGCAUAUGGAGGACUUGUUUUGGAGACAAGAGGCCUCUAGCUAUGAUUAUCCGCUCAAGGCUAGUCAGCGUGACAUUAAUGUGUACUAAUGUUAAUCAAAUCUAACGGACUAAUGGACACAAGACAUUUUGUAAGUGCAAUAAAUAUUUUCCCCAACAAGCACAGUACUCAAUCACUGCACUAUUUCUGAAUUUGGGAUUUCACUUUACAAUUUAUCACAAUAAUACCAGAAGGGAAAUAGGCUUUAUACUCCGCUGUGUUUUGUUGCACACCACAAACAUGAAUGCCUGCAUGCAGGCCAGGAGAAAUGUCAGCGUGACGUGUCGCGGAGGUAGUGACGGCACCUCGGAGCGGAGUUUGAGGGAGCUCUGUGCAAACGAACAACGUAUUUCUGUCUGCAGCUGUAUUUAUUCAAACCUCACAACCAGGUACAACACAUUACAACCACAUCUAAAUGGUAGGGCUGACAAACGAUUAACAUUUUUAAUCAAAAUAAUCAGUUUUCAAAUUAAUGAAUGACAAUCACCAUUUGCAACCGUGUGUGAAAUGUUCCCUUUUUUAAUGUAUUUUAUGAACAAAAGGAUGAAAUUACAGUAUAUAUAUAUUUGUAUGUAUUAACAGCUCCAAAUGAACUGAAAAUUUAAGUCACGCUAAAAGAUAGCACACAUGUCUGAAAAUUUAAAACACUAGUCUCUUUAAUAGUAAGAGAACAUUUUAAUCACACUUUAACAGUGUUGUGAGUCACGAGGGGUUGCAUUCAAAGACACCAUGUAAUGUUUUAAGCUGAAUGCACUGUUUUGAGUGUAGAUGUAUUUUCUGGGAUUUCCACGCAUAUUUAAAUGCAGCAAACUGUACUUCCUUAGUAAGAGUUACACUCGGGAGUGAUAAGAAUAUCCACUUAAUGUUUUUCUUUGGUCUGUCCGUUUUUAGACCAAACAUGCAUGCAUAAUAAUGUUGUGUGAUGUUCGGAGUGUCCCUGAAUGCACCUCGCUGUAGUUGAGCGACAAUGAGGAAGUGUCAUUCCGAGGAGGACUAGGGAUGUGUUUUUGAGUUGAAGAUACAUAUGGUAUAUAUCAGGUCAGAAUAAAGUUAUAAAAGCGCGUCAAACUCUGUGGGGACGCUAUUGCACCCCUGUCUGUCGUCAAAAUAGAUUUCAUGAAAAAAAAAAUCACUUACCGCCGUUAACACACUAUUUUUGACAGCCCUAAUAAAUAAUGAACUCACUCUAAGAGUCCAAUAGGAUUGGAUUACCUCAACCAUUUCCAUUGCUGCUAUAUAGACCAGCCACUGUUCUGCUGAAUAACUGUACUGUAAUGUUGGUGUUGUAUUUAUUGUUUUGGUUUUUAAUUUUGUAUUUAUUGUUGGUCUGUGUGAUACCGCUGGCUUUAGAACAAAUUGCCCCUUGAGAAUAAUAAAAGUUUACCUUGAGCUCAUCUCCAAAGCACAUAUCACAUCACACAGAGCAGAAGAAGAAGUGCAUGGCUCACGCACUUGCAUGCUCCUUUUGACCACUGCUUUUAUUUACAGUGAUCCUGACAAGAGACUUGAGCAGACAGGAGACACACAGAGGUUAAUUGCGCCUGAUGAUUCCACCAAGCGCUACAGAGCUAUUAGCAUAUUAACUAAUUAUUGUUAUCAGGAUUGAAUGUAUAAACACAAACCACAAUCAUUGCCUCUGUCGGUGAACACAGUGAACGGUAAGACAAUAAGCAAAUAAUGGAAGCAUGAUCACAGCAUGCCUGGAGUAAAGGAUUUAAGGAUUAUGACUGUGUGCAAUAGUUAUUUUUUGAUUAAACAAUAGCGUAAAAUUAACAAAAAUUAAUGAAUAUUUCUACUGGUGUAGAAUUGUGAGGAUAUGUGAUUUUUUUUAUUUUGUAAAAAAAUCUUUAAACAAGUUGGUAUUUAAAGACAAAGCUUGGUGUUAUUAAUAUCAACAUUACAGCUUUUUCUCAUUACAUUAUGCCUUUUUCUCUAUUGUCCCCAUUUUCUUAAAUUUUAUUUCUCCAAUGGGCCGUGGACCACUAGGCCGCACUCCUGCUUUUAUAGCUCUUAGUCAGGGUUAAGCAUGUGAUGUGACCACAACUCUCGUUGACUAUUUACCUUGUUAACUUCCUUUGUAUCGACCAAACAAUGGUAAUUAAAGAGAGAGGGGAGAGGUAUUGCAGAUGGAACUAACCCAUGUGCUACAACUGUCAUUUUUAUUGCAAAUGUUGUCGUUGAGAAUUGAGGCCCGCUCUUGAUUUUGUUUUUUGGCGGUUUGAAAAAAAUUGCGUCCACACUGUGCUAGUUUAGUAAAUAGUUGCAUCCAGAUGGGAACGGAUCACUGAGUGAAGAAGCAACCACGUGACACAACAAACCAUAGAAGAAGAAAGAAUGCAUGCGUAUAAGCACGUCGUAUGCCGCUUUCCAAGGCUCAUCUAUACUUACGAGAAGUGUAAUUACCGCUGCGCGUCAUUAUGGAGUAUAGGACGACAAAAUAUCAUGAGAAUGUUGACUGGGGUGAGUCAUGUCUGUCGAAAUAUUCAUAUAUUAUGUUGGCUUGUCGUGAAAGCUCACUUCUGGACACGCGAUGGUGCUGGGUGGGUGAAGUCGAGCUGGCGUUUUCAAAUUUUCCCACUCUGGAAGCCGUUUAAAAAAAAAAAAAAAAGACCAUUUCAGGGCACCCAGAAGGCCGUUUCCAUGUGCACAAGAGGCUGAAACGAUUAAAUACUUUGUGGUUUUGACGUGAAAAUGUUUCCAUGUGGAUAGACCCUGAGACAGUUUGAUAGAGAAGGGGUAAAUGUCAUUCGAAAUCGAUGGGCCAAUCUCUGAACGAGUCGUAUGCAGACAGGAAGUAAUUAACUACCAGUCGACCAAUCACAGCCUAAACGGUCCACAUCGUUUCAACGCUUUGCAACAAAAUGCACACAUGGAGAGCAGCAAGCGUAAGCAAGGGUCAAAAUGCGUACAGCGUUUGAACAAUGCAUACAUGUUGGCAGUUCUUUUGACAGUGUCAAAACUAGGGAUGCUCCAUCAGGGUUUUAUG